GGCGGCAGCAGCGAGGGCCAGGGAGGCAGAGAGCUCUGCAGCCGGCGUCGGCAGAAAAGCCUGCGGGCCGGGCUAGGCUGGGUUGGGGCGGCCCAGUGGAACUAAGACGUACGAGCUUGGAGUCGCGGGUCCUGGAAACUCGGAGCUAGAGCUGAAGGAGAGCGGGAGAAGAGGGGAGGGGGGCGGCGGCGGCCUUGGACGGGUGACCGGGCACUGGAGCUAGACGCGGAUCUCCCCUCCCCGCCCCCUGCACCAUGAGCUGGGGCACCGAGCUGUGGGAUCAAUUUGACAACUUAGAAAAACACACCCAAUGGGGAAUUGAUAUUCUAGAGAAAUAUAUCAAAUUUGUCAAGGAACGGACAGAGAUUGAAAUCAGCUAUGCAAAGCAACUUAGGAAUCUUUCAAAGAAAUAUCAACCCAAAAGGAAUUCAAAGGAAGAGGAAGAAUACAAGUAUACAUCAUGUAAAGCUUUUCUUUCCACUUUGAAUGAAAUGAAUGAUUAUGCAGGGCAACAUGAAGUUAUUUCAGAGAACAUGACUUCACAGAUUACUGUAGAAUUAACUCGAUAUGUACAGGAACUAAAGCAAGAAAGGAAAUCGCAUUUCCAUGAUGGUCGGAAGGCACAACAACACAUUGAAACUUGCUGGAAACAACUUGAAUCAAGUAAACGACGAUUUGAGCGAGAUUGCAAAGAAGCUGACAGAGCACAGCAGUAUUUUGAAAAAAUGGAUGCUGACAUUAAUGUUACAAAAGCAGAUGUUGAAAAGGCACGGCAACAAGCUCAAUUAAGGCAUCAAAUGGCAGAGGAUAGCAAGGCAGAUUACUCAACAACGCUUCAAAAGUUCAACCAUGAACAGCAUGAACAUUAUUAUACUCAAAUACCAAGCAUCUUUCAGAAAAUACAAGAUAUGGAGGAAAGGAGAAUAGUCAGAAUUGGAGAAUCAAUGAAAACCUAUGCUGAGGUGGAUCGCCAAGUGAUUCCAAUCAUUGGGAAAUGUCUGGAUGGAAUAGCAAAGGCAGCUGAAUCAAUUGAUCAGAAAAUUGAUUCACAAUUGGUAAUAGAAGCCUACAAAUCAGGGUUUGAGCCUCCUGGAGACAUUGAAUUUGAGGAUUAUACACAGCCAAUGAAACGUACCAUAUCUGAAACUAGUCUUUCGAAUUCCAGAGGGGACAGUAAAACAGAGCUCAAAUUUGGUAGCAAAUCCAAGGGAAAAUUAUGGCCAUUCAUCAAAAAAAAUAAGCUUAUGUCCCUUUUAACAUCUCCCCAUCAGCCCCCCCCUCCUCCCCCUGCCUCUGCCUCACCCUCUGCUGUUCCCAACGGCCCCCAGUCUCCCAAGCAGCAAAAGGAGCCCCUCUCCCAUCGCUUCAACGAGUUCAUGACCUCCAAACCCAAAAUCCACUGCUUCAGGAGUCUAAAACGUGGGCUUUCUCUCAAGCUGGGUGCAGGACCAGAGGACUUCAGCAACCUUCCACCAGAACAAAGAAGAAAAAAGCUGCAACAGAAAGUCGAUGAAUUAAAUAAAGAAAUCCAAAAGGAGAUGGAUCAAAGAGAUGCCAUAACAAAAAUGAAAGAUGUCUACAUAAAGAAUCCACAAAUGGGAGACCCAGGCAGUUUGGAUCACAAGUUGACAGAAGUUGGACAAAAUAUUGAAAAACUCCGCCUAGAAGUCCAGAAAUUUGAGGCUUGGCUCACUGAAGUCGAAGGCAGACUCCCAGUCCGAGGGGAACAGCCCCGACGACAGAGUGGGAUGUAUGAAGCACAGAAUACACCCUCAGUCAAUAAUUGUGCACAGGACCGGGAGAGCAGCCCAGAUGGCAGUUACACAGAGGAACAGAGUCAGGAGAAUGAGCUGAAGAUGAUGGCCACAGACUUUGAUGAUGAGUUUGAUGAUGAAGAGCCCCUUCCUACCAUAGGAACCUGUAAAGCACUCUAUACAUUUGAAGGUCAGAAUGAAGGAACUAUUUCAAUAGCUGAAGGAGAAAUAUUAUAUGUCAUAGAAGAGGACAAAGGUGAUGGCUGGACACGAAUUCGUAGAAAUGAAGAUGAAGAAGGUUAUGUUCCCACUUCAUACGUCGAAGUCUGUUUGGACAAAAAUGCCAAAGGUGCUAUGACUUACAUUUAAUACCAUUUAAAUUUUAUUUCUUAGUUGGAGUUUCUCCUCCCCCGUCUGUGACUGUUUCAGGUCGAACUUCUCUAAAGACUGGAUAAAUUCCUCAGUGUGCAUUUUUUUUCAUAUAGUUACACAGUGGAUGUAUGCUUUGUACAACUGACUUUUUGUUGAUUAUAUUUGAUAGUAAUAAGUUUUUCUUAUUGAGAUGAAAUGCCCAACAUGGAAAGCUCAGUUAACUGCCAAUAUAUACAAAUGUCCUCAUUUGAGAUAUAAGUAAAUGUCCUUUAUUUUUGUAAUGUCUAUAGAUAACAAGAAAGUUGCAAUCGAACUUCUAUCAAAACAUUUCAUUGUAGUCAUAUCCACUGAAUCAAACCCAGUUCUUAGGUAUACCUAAUGAGAUGUACUGAUAAUUGGGAGAGAUUUUAGAGAUUAUUUGUCCUUUUCACUAGUUUCUGAGAAGAGCUAGAUUUUAAAAAAUUGAAACUGAAAACAUAUACUCAUGUUCAAGACUAUACACGGUUUUAAAAUUAAGAUUUUUUAUUUUAGAAACAUUAGCAUCUUUUCUGCAUGAGCUAACUUUACAAAAUAAAGCUCUUUAUAAAGCUGAUUUGGAAAACA